AUGCUGAAUACGCGAUAUGAAGAGCGACCACCACGGGGCACAGGGACACAACGGAACGCAGAUGGCGAGGAUGGUACCGAGGCGGAUGUUCAAACGAAGGAGAUCGGAUAUGUGAGACCAGCGCGGAUUACUGUAGGCGCGUUUGUUGAGAUAAUCAACCUUGGCGAAACAACUUACGAUGCCCUCCUCCGGCCCAACAAAGCGAGGAACUUGUGCGUUAGACGAAGAGGCACAGACAUCGAUUGUAGGACUGUAGUCGAGCAAGGACAUGGUCUUCUUCCAAUCGUCACGGUUGAGCAUCCAUAUAAACCGUUAUGGACUUUAAUAGCUAAAGUAAAUUGA